AUGGAUUCAGCCAGUCUUUUUGAUGUUAAGGGCAAGGUGGUGCUGGUCACCGGCGGAGCCAAAGGUAUCGGUCGCAUGAUAUCAGAGGGCUAUGUGACCAAUGGUGCUACCGUCUACAUCUCCUCCCGCGAUGCAAAGGCAUGCGAGAAGGCUGCUGCUGAGUUGAAUGCCCUUGGCAAGGGCAAAGCCCAUGCCAUUCCAGCCGACUUUUACAAGUAUGAAGACGUGAAGCAGCUGGCGGAUGAGCUGGCCAAGCGAGAGAGCAAGCUCGAUGUCCUGGUCAACAACUCCGGUUCCAACUGGGGCGCCCCCUACGACGAGUAUCCCUCUGAAGCCUUUACCCGCGUCCUGACCCUCAACCUUCACCGUGUCUUCGAUCUCACCAAGCUUGUGACUCCUCUCUUGGAGAAGGCAGCUACUCCGAAUAACCCGGCGCGCAUCAUCAACAUUGGCAGCAUUGACGGUCUUCGUGUCCCCUCGCUCGAGACCUUUGCAUAUAGUUCCAGCAAGGCCGGUCUGCACCACCUCAGCCGGGUUCUUGCCAAUCACCUAGGAAAGAGGAACAUCACUUCGAAUACCUUGGCCUGUGGCCCGUUCGAGAGCAAGAUGAUGGCCGCCACGCUUAAGUCGUUCGGUGAGGCUAUCAAAGCCGGUGUGCCUCUGGGCCGGAUUGGUACACCGCAAGAUGUAGCCGGUUCUUGCUUGUUCCUGAGUAGCCGAGCAGGCGCAUUUAUCAAUGGGGCGACCAUUACGGUGGAUGGUGGCAGCGCCAUUGCCGCCAAAAUCUAA